AUGCACGAUGGGGGGCGGUUCGGAAACAAAUUGCAGCACGUGACCAGACAUCUGGUCUUCCAUUGCAAGAAGACUGUGAUCCGUUUUGGGCAACGUCGACUAAAGAAGUGGACAAAAUUUCCAAUCGAACGGGCAAGAACGGCACUUCAGAUCGCCGAGGAAGCCAGCGCCAUCCCCAGCUUCGAGCUACAAAGCAUAGGGUACCUUGCGGCAGACCAUGAAAUACUUUCGCACGCCCUAUCCUCGGUCGCCCCGCUGAGCCCCCCGCAACUCUCGCUGCACAAGUCCCCGUCGGCCUCUACAACUGAGCAGCAACCGAAAACCCGGCUGACUGACUUGCCGGAACAGUGUAUUUUCCAAAUUGUUCACUACCUCGAUGUGCACCAAUACGAAGCUCGGGGUUUUGAGAUCUUCGUGCAAAGCGGAUGCAUGGGCUCUGUGACGGUGGUCGCCAAAUAUGUAAAGCUUGAGCAACUCUACAAGCGCGGCCAAUUGAUCCCCACUGAUUUGACAUUUGGCGGCGGCGAGUUUACGCGAGGUAAAAGCUACGCUGGAGUGGAUUUGCGCUGUUUCACCGAGGCGGCCUUCAUUCGAUACAUCUCCCAGUUUUCACCCACCCUCAACUCGGUACAUCUGCAGACCACCAGUGCAUCUCCACCCCGUCUACUCGCCCUGCUCGCUAAUGUCCGGGAAUUUGGUUACGUCUAUGAAAGGCCGGCACUGAAAUACUACUUUGAUGACUUUAAGAAAAUUGUCGAGGGGUGGCGACACGAUUCCCUUUCACAUGCAACCAUCCUGUACAUCAGGCGGCCGACUGAUCUGCCCCAGCGCUACCUGGAAUUGUCGCCGUCCAGGGUCCUAUUCGCGGCUGACGGCACACUACAACAACUUGUUUUUGCACACCAAUCGUUACUCGGCGAAGAGUUUACUGUGUAUUUU